AUGCAAUUUGCAGCUGUUUGCUUUGCGCGGGAGCCUGAGUGUUCGAGGUUUCAUUACGAAGAAAAACUGUUAGAGAAAGUGAUCAGAUCAGAAAUUAAGAUGGACGCGAUUGAUGAAUCAUUGAAGAAGACAACUGGCUAUGUGGAAGAAAAUAUUCAGACGAUUUCAGUUGAAGUCGUGAGCAGUGGUAUAUACACACGAUGGGGUCGGCGGUCAUGCCCUGGAAGCACGGAGAUGGUGUACGAAGGGUUUGCUGCCGGUGGACAUUACAGCCACAAAGGAGCAAGCAGUAAUUACAUAUGUCUGCCGCAGGACCCCAUCUUUGACGGCGAUGGACGGAAAGCGAGUAACAUUAACAAGGUCUACGGUGCUGAGUAUGAAACCAGGUCCGCAACGUUUCAGAAGAAUUUAUAUGAAGAAGACGUUCCGUGUGCCGUUUGCCGCGUAAUAAGAAGAAGCGUUGUCAUGAUCCCAGCGAGGAAUGCCUGUUAUAGCGGAUGGCAUACCGAGUACUCUGGCUAUUUGAUGUCUGAGUAUCACGACCAUGAAGGGAACAAGGAACUCGUUUGCAUGGACGGAAACCCUGAAAAGGCGGAAGGAAGUGAUAGUGGAAACCAGAAUGGUGCGCUGUUUUACUUUGCUCAAGCUGUUUGUGGCUCGUUAAAGUGUCCUCCAUAUAGCGAGAACAAGGCGUUAACCUGUGUGGUGUGUUCUAAAUAG